AGAAAGAAAAGUGCAGUCACACUGAGCAGUCCUGGGAGAAGAAUAAACUUACCUUAAAGUUCGAGAUGCCUGGAUUAUCUGAGAAGCUGAGAUUUGUGGCAGUGGUUGCCCUAUCUGUCAUACCUGUGGUGAGGUCAUCCCCAGUGUUGACGCCGGAGCCUAUCCGCUGUGCCGUGUGCUCUCAGGAGAAACUCAACAGCUGUCCUGACAUCCCAGCAGACUGCAGGCAGGUGCUGAGGGAGCCUGGCUGCGGCUGCUGCAUGGCCUGCGCUCUGGAGAGGGGAGCAUCCUGUGGAGUUCACACCGCUCAUUGUGGAGAGGGUCUUCGCUGCACUCCCAGGGCUGGUGAGGCCAGACCACUCCACGCUCUGACCAGGGGACAAGGGAUCUGCACUGAAGAGUCGGGCCAAGGUAGUCUGAUUUACAAGUUAUUCUCUUUUAGAUGUGUACUCUGUUAAUGGUUUAAUUAUUUUUUCAAUUUUUUAAUUAAAACACUUUCUGUAACCUGCACAGAUGAAGCUGAUGUAGCCCCUGACCAAAGCCCCCUGCAGUACCUACUGGGUCUCAACCUCCCCCUGGACCACCAAGACAUUGCUGAAGGCCAAGAGAGCAUCAAAGCAAAGAUCAACGCUAUCCGCAACAAGCUGGUACAAGAGGUGAGGCCUCAUUCUGAAUCAUGAAGGUGAUUUUAAGCAGUUCACCUUCCUUCCACUAGAGGGGGCACUUGUUUUUAAGCAUGAGUAGAUUAUUUUAAAUACAAACAUAGUGUAUUUUUGUUCUCAUUGUGUGUCUGUCUUUGCACAGGGUCCCUGUCAUAUUGAACUGCAUGCAGCUCUUGAUAUGAUAGCCAGCUCUCAGCAGAAACUAGGAGAGAAGUUCACAACCUUUUACCUCCCAAACUGUGACAAGUAUGGCUUCUACAAGGCCAAGCAGGUGAGCAUUUAAGGACCUGACAAAAUAAAAAUCCACUCCACCUGUUUAAAGAGAUUCAUCCUAAAGUACUGGGUGAUUUAUUCCUGAGGUUAACCAUCUCCGUUUCUCUUUCAGUGUGAGUCAUCUCUGGUCGGACCGCCGGCUCGCUGCUGGUGUGUCUCUUCCUGGAAUGGGAAGAAGAUCCCGGGAUCGAGUGACUUGCUCAGUGACUCAGAGUGUCAUCAAGAAGUUACUCACUAAAAGGAUGGACACUUUUUUCACUUCAAAAGCACACGGAGACAAACACAUCGAGACAAAAACAAACAUGUUUCCCAACUUCAAAUCAGUUAAAAGUGGAAGUCUACUCACAACCGCCUGGUGAGUUGACUUCCUUCCUACAAAAAACCCUCUCAUUCACACUAAAUCUGAAAUCUCACUACAGAGGAGGAAAUUUCCUCUCAUUUUAUUUACAUGUAUGUAUCAAGACUUAUUUAUUCAGUGCUUGUAUAUUCCUACUAACCAUUUGUCGUUUUUAGAUAUUUUAUAUGUUUGCCUAUUUUUUUGAUUGUAAAUAGGGCAACACUGUAUACGUUUGUGUUUCUGAAUAACUCCAUUGCUCAAAACCACAAGUCCACAGCUCUGCCAAGCCCAUUUCAGAGUCUUCGGGAUCAGUUUUUUCUCAAUUCAUUCAAAACUGGAGCCGCUCUCGGCACGAAAAAACAACACAGCCACUCAUUCAUUCAACAUGUUGACAUUGUCUGAAUGUAUCUCCAUUGGCGUUUCCUCAAUGGGUAUUGGGGGAAAUACUUAAAGUGCCACAAGUAUGCGCAUGGUGACCAAGCACAAACAUAUCAAGACUCAUCCAGGCCACUGUGAGGUUUGGGUUGGGUUUUUCUGCAUUUGUCUACCUCUACAGGUCCACAGGUUUAGCACAGGGUUGCUGAGAGCUCUUCUCAGCUACAUCUCACUCAUAUUAGGGGCUUUUAUUUGCUUUUCAUGACCUAUCCCAUCAUUUAUUCGAGUAUUUAUUAUAAUUUCCUCAUGUAUUUAUACUAUUGUUCGAUGAACUCUGUACAGUGUAUCAAAGUGUGUAUAAAUUGUCAAGAAUGCUGCUAUUCUGUUACUGUUUUGCUAACUAUAUUGUAAUUCUCUGGACGCGCAUCUAAAUAAAAUGUGUCAAUGCUGGGA